UGAUAAUCCUUCUCUACUCAUCUCCUCAACUCCAAGACCCUCGUAAUCCUUUCUCUCUUUCUCUCCCAUAGAUCCCCAAAAAUGGCGUCAAUUCAAUAUGGGAAAUGAUCAUGGCAACUACUGAUCUUCGUUGCAUUUCUUCACAAUCUUAUGUUCAGUGCUUAUCAGGUCCUUGUUCUUAUCUUGAAGGGAUGGCCUCCUGAGGGUAUGAGGGUAUUAGGUUUAGUCAACCUGCUACACUGGAGAAUCUCAUGAUUCAGAGCAUACCAAGUUGGUAACAUUAUUUAUGAUAACAGAACAGCAAUGGAAGCAAUUACAAGCACCUCUUCCAUGGCUGCUGCAGAGUUCAUCACUCAGACUAUUGAAUUACUCGGUGAAGCAGCUGUAGAAGCCAAAAAUCUCUUUGUAGAGAAGGAGAGUUUUUUAGAACUUGCUUCAUAUUUGGAUAGAAUUGUUCCUCUUCUAAAAGAAUUAAAGAAAAGGGAUAUUAGUAACAUUGAGAGCAGUUUUGUUGAGAUCUUGAAUCAACAAGUCAAAGUUGCUAACCAACUGAUGACUGAUUGCAGCAAAAAGAACAGGGUGUACCUCUUAAUCAAUUGUCGGACCAUUACAAAACGCUUACAGGACAUUACAAGAGAAAUUAGCCGCGCAUUAAGUCUGAUUCCUUUUUCCCAGUUGGAUAUUUCAGCCAGUAUGGUGCAGGAACUUAGUCAGCUCUGUGAAAGUAUGCAGUCUGUAGAGUUCAAGACAGCUAUGGCAGAUGAAAUGAUUCUGGAGAAAAUAGAGACAGGAAUACACGAGAGGAAUGUAGAUCGCUCGUAUGCCAACAAUUUGCUAGUUUCAAUUGCACAGGCUCUGGGAAUUCCCACAGAAAGAUCUGCAUUAAAGAAGGAAGUUGAAGAUUUCAAAAGUGAAAUACAAAAUGCACAGCUCCAGAAAGACCAUGCUGAAGCCAUUCAAAUGGAUCAAAUAAUUUCUUUGCUGGAAAAGGCAGAUGCUACUCAUUCUUCAGAGGAAAAGGAAAGAAGCUAUUUGACAAAACGCACUUCGUUGGGUAGUCAACCGUUGGAGCCUCUCCAAUCAUUUUACUGCCCAAUCACCAGAGAAGUUAUGGUGGACCCUGUCGAAACUUCUUCUGGUCACACGUUCGAGAGAAGUGCAAUUGAGAAAUGGCUGGCUGAUGGGAGUAACUUGUGUCCCCUGACCAUGAUUCCUUUAGAAAAUUUAGUAUUACGACCUAAUAGAACUCUUAGGCAAUCAAUUGAGGAAUGGAAGGACAGGAAUACCAUGAUCACAAUUGCGUCAAUAAAAGCAAAACUCUCAAGACCAUCCUCAGAAAACGAGGAAGAAGUGCUUUGUAGCCUGGAACAGCUGCAAAACUUAUGUGAACAAAGAGACAUACAUCGGGAGUGGAUAGUGCUGGAGAAUUGCAUACCUAUCCUCGUGGAACUUCUUGGAGGUAGAAACCGAGAUAUAAGGACUCGUGCCCUUGUCAUGCUUUGCCUUUUGGCAAAGGAUAGUAAUGAUGCAAAGGAUAGGAUUGCAAAGGUCGAUGGCGUCAUCAAAUCUACAGUACGCUCACUUGGGCGUCGGGUUGCUGAAGGAAAAUGGGCAGUCGAAUUGCUAUUGGAAUUAUCACGCAAUGAGAUACUGCAAAAGAGCAUCGGGAUGGUUCAGGGAUGCAUACUACUUCUGGUGACCAUGUCCAACAGUGAUGACACUCAAGCUGCCACCCUUGCAAGGGAGCUCUUGAACAAUCUUUCAUUCUCUGAUCAAAAUGUCAUCCAGAUGGCAAAAGCUAAUUAUUUUACGCAUCUGCUGCAGCGGCUAUCUUCAGGUUCAGAAGAUGUAAAGAUGAGCAUGGUAACGACAUUGGCAGAAAUGGAAUUGACAGAUCAUAGCAAGUCUUCUUUAUUAGAAGGAGGCGCGCUAGAUUCACUUCUUCCCUUGCUCUCAAAUGGCAAUCCUAGGAUGAAGGAAACAGCAGCUAAAGCACUUUGUAACGUAUCAAGCUUACCGAAAAGUAGCAUGCAAAUGAUAAAACGAGGUUCAGUGAGUCUGUUGGUCAAUAUUCUUUACAAUCACACAUCGUCCCACUGUUUACAGGAUGAAGUUGCAGCUAUAAUCAUGAAUCUUGCCAUAUCGACCAUGUCCCAGGAUUCCAAUGGAACGCUCGUUUCGUUAUUUGAAUCUGAUGGAGAUAUUGAUAGCCUCUUUUCCUUUAUUGGCUGUACAAGGCCUUCGGUGCAAGAAAGUUUACUUCAUUCUUUUUAUGCCAUGUGCCAUUCUCCUUUAGCUGCUACUGUAAAAGCAAAGUUGAGACAGAAUUCUGACAGCGAACAAUUACUGGUGGCUUUAUGUAAAGAUGAACACCAGAAAGUACGGGCAAAUGCUGUUAAGCUGUUCUGUUGUUUGACAGAAGAUGGUAAUGACAAAGAGAUCAUAGACCGCAUGGGGCAGCAAUCAAUCGAGACUCUGAUAAAGAUAAUACGGUCUUUUAGUGAUGAAGAGGAGACUGCUUCUGCUUUGGGUGUCAUCUCAAACCUCACACAGUCACCUCAACUCACUGAGUCAUUGUUGAGAGCUGAUGGGCUGCCCAGUAUAUCAGCCCGUCUUCACGAUGGAAUGCAUAAUGGGCCCCAGAAGAAACGCUUGAUAGAAAAUUCUGUUGGAUCACUAUGUCAUUUUACCAUCCCGACAAACCAACAGUCACAGAAGAAAGUAGCCGAGGCGGGUGUCAUUCCUUUACUGGUCCAGUUGUUAGAGCUAGGUACCAGUGUGACCAAACGAAAAGCAUCCAUUUCUCUUGCUCAACUUUCUGAAACCUCCUUCCAGUUAAGCCGGCCAAUCCCCAAACCGUUGGGGGGGUUAUUCAGGUGCUUCUCACCUCAAUCAGAAUCCGGGUGCCCAGUUCAUCAAGGAAUUUGCACCAUAGAGUCAUCCUUUUGUCUGGUGGAAGCUAAUGCAGUUUCACCAUUGGUGACACUUCUGGGAGAUCCUGAUCAAGAUGUCUGUGAAGCUUCUCUAGAUGCCUUAUUGACCUUAAUUGAAGCUGAAAGGCUUCCAUAUGGCUCUAAAGUGCUUUCUGAAGCUAAUGGUAUUCAUCCGAUCAUAAAGUUACUUAACAGCACUUCUUCAAGUUUGCAGGAAAAAGUACUGAACGCGUUGGAGAGAAUUUUCCGACUGGUGGAUUUUAAGCAAAAAUACGGACCGUCGGCUCAGUCGCCUUUAGUCGAGUUGACUCAGAGGGGAAACAACAAAACAAAAUCUUUGGCAGCCAGGAUUCUUGCUCAGUUAAAUGUGCUCCAUGAUCAAUCAUCUUAUUUCUAGAAGCAUUUUAUUGGUGAUAUUUAUGAUGAUCAGUGGGUAGGUUAUCUCCUGACUGGUAGCAUUGCAUAUGAUUGUUAGGGAAAACUUUGGGUUCUUAGCUCAGUGGAAAUUUUUGGCAUUGAUUUUGUGCACAGCUUCUGUAUUCUAUUGUAUAUUACAUUCAUACAUAACUCAAUUUAAAAUUCAUG